AGAUCUCGAUGGUUCUUCGUUCACUGAUCAGACUGACGCGGACUCGCAUCCGAAAACAAGAAAACUCUCAUCAUGUUGUCUCGAUUACAUUUUAAUUAUUCAAAAUCGUGUAUACAUACAUGAUUUUGAAUCAUGUGAUACUGGAGCAUAUUUUGUAUAUUAUCAAGCUGGCUGUAUUUAUUUGUUUCAGUUUGUUUUUCCAUCAUCAUACCAAUCUCUUUUGGCUGAAGGAGUGUCCUGACGUCACGCGGCACGUCACCCGCAAAUAAGUUCUUCGGUGAAUGUUGCGUCGCGUCAUUCAGAUCAAUCGCUCGUACGCGCGUCACAGCAAGAGACAAUGAUCAUUGACAGAGUUAGUGAGGGAUUCGCGGGUGUUCUGGACCGGGACAGCGAUGUCAUGACGAGUCCGGUCCACCUGUUGUCCUUCUACGGAUGUCCUUCUCCCACGGACGCGAGUCUGUCGGCCGGAUCUCCGAACUCGGAUUCGGAUCAGAGCUGGAGCAAUGCGGGUAGCCCUCAAAACGGCGUCAACGUGGAAGCGCACAGCGCGCGGAAACCGAGUCGGUAUCAAGGCGUGCGCGUGAAGAACACCGUCAAAGAGCUGAUCAUGCAGAAACGCCAUUACGACAUUCAGGCUCAGCAGUAUCAAAGUGAAGAUGAAUGUCCAGCCAUAUUCCAUGCGCUGCAGAGAACGAAGAUGGAAGCGGAGAAUCUGUGUGUCUCUCCUGUGAAACGACUGCGAGCCGCAGACUCGGACAUCCUGUCUCUGUGCAGCCACGGUGAGAACGUGUUCUGCGACAUUGAGAUGUUGGAGGACAUCGGUGACGUCCUGUUUAAAGAGCGGCUCUCCAUUGACUCCGUGACGGUGAGAGGAUGUCCGGCGCCCCCUCGAGAUCUGUACGCCGAUGCCAGAAGCCCCGUUUACGCCGGCUGCCAUCCGCUGCCGUCCGCGGAGAACACGUACCUGUCCUCCGCCCCGCCGCACGCGUCCGGCCUCGGUACGACCGCCGCGCCUCCGGUGUCCUUCUUCCAAUGGCAGAUACAACACGAGGAGGAGAAACUGGCUGCUUUGAGCCACGUGGAGCUCACCACUAGAGAUGGGGAUGGAGACACGUUCUUGCACAUCGCGGUGGCCCAGGGAAGAAGAGCUCUGGCGUACGUCCUCGCCAGGAAAAUGGCUGCCAUUGGCAUGCUGGACAUGAAAGAACACAACAACCAGAGCGCUUUCCAGGUCAGCGUUGCCGCGGAUCAGCACCUGAUUGCACAAGACCUGCUGUUACUGGGAGCUGAAAUGAACACCGUGGACUGCUGGGGCCGAUCCCCGUUACACGUGUGUGCUGAGAAGGGCCACGCCUCCACGCUGCAGGCCAUCCAGAAAUCCAUGCAGACUAGUGGGCGGCAGGUCAACGUGGAGGUGGUCAACUACGACGGACUCACGCCCCUCCAUGUUGCGGUCCUGUCCCACAAUGCCGCGGUGCAAGAGCUGUACGGUCACGGGACGCCCCCCUCCGCUCAGAGUCUGGCGCUGCUGCAGAAGAGGAAGCUGCUCGGGGAGUGCGUGAGCACUUUGUUGCAGAUGGGCGCGUCGCUGGAAGCGAAGGACCGCAAGAGCGGCCGCACCGCUCUGCACAUGGCUGCCGAAGAGGCCAACGUUGAGCUUCUGCGCCUUUUUCUGGACCAGUCCAACUACUACUCCGUCAUAAACGUGAAGGCGUUCAACGGGAACACGGCGCUGCACAUGGCCAGCGCUCUGCAGGGCCGCCUGGCUCAAGUGGACGCGGUUCGAUUGCUGCUGAGACGAGGAGCCGAUCCCAGUGCCAAGAACCUGGAGAAUGAGCAGCCGGCCCAACUGGUGCCCGACGGUCCGCUGGGAGACCAGGUGCGUCGGAUCCUGAAAGGCAAAGGAGCGCCAUCCCGCCCGUGAGCGACCGUCCCGUUCUUCCCUUCAGAAUCGCUGUCAGUCAGGCAGUCCGGUCUGUGUACAGAUUCAUUUGCCGCUUUGGGCAGAUGUCGGUUGUUUCCAUGAAACAGUUUUAUCAUUGUUCACUACUGAGUAGUAGACGGCACAGGAAAGUGAGAGCAACAGUUCAGAGAAGCUACCUGACGUUAGAAGAGGAAACUAAUGUUAUGAGGAAGUUAGGAAGGAUUAUUCAGAGAGUAGUAAUAAAUGAGAACGUCGUUGAAGAGAAAGAAGGUCGUCAGUCACUGGAUUGAACAGUGAAUCAUUUUCUCUUGUUCAGUAGCAGAUCUGAAGUGCUGCAUUUGGCUCUGGUGUGUAAAAGGUUGUAAACUAUAAUCUCCAAACAAUGUAACUAUAUCCGUAUUGUUAUUAUUAUUACUCUAGUGUGUGUUUUGUCAGAAGGUUUGCACGUUAAACAUGAGCAACAGUCUUUACCUGAGAUGCUAAUCAGUAACUUUAAACCUGUUGAACCAGAACGUCCCAAUCGUUGACUCGAGUCAUGUUUCGGCAUGUCAUUUUGGGACUUUCUGCCAUUGAUGAUUAACUUCUUCUGAAGGCUUGUGAUUCUCCAGUAGUCCUCUAAUUAUUCUGGAUAACUCUGAUUAUUCUAUUUUAUAGUAAGUGCUAUUCUCAGAAUCCACAUAAAAAUAGGGUUAAAGGUGUUUCUUUAUGAAGACAGAUGGUGUUAGUGCAUUAUAACAGUUCAUAUUACAUGUAUCUGCAUGAUAUUGUUGAUGUAUAUGUUUGUGGUGGUGGGAUGAGCAUAUAUUGUUAGGUAUAUAUUGUCCUUUAGCGUUAUUUUCCAUUGUGCAUCAGGAGUGGGUUGGUGUCUGUGUUUCCUUUGCAGGUCACUUGAUAUUCUGUAAACUGAAUUAUCUGCUGUAAUUCAGUCCUAAAUAAACUUUCUUUGUUAAUGUUU